AUGAUCUUUAGAGAACUUGCCCAUACAGUAGUCGGCAUCUGCGGGAAUGUCACUGCAUUAAUUUUGUUUUUGGCACCGGUGUCAACAUUUGUGAGAAUAUGCAAGAACAAAUCAGUGAUGCAAUUCACUGUAGCACCGUACCUAGCAACUCUCUUCAACUGUGGGAUUUGGUGUUUGUACUCGAUGCCCAAUGUGCACCCCAACAGCAUUCUUGUGAUGACCAUCAAUGGCACAGGCAUCGCCAUUGAGUUAGUCUAUUCCAUUAUUUUCUUCAUUUUCUCCGACAAAAAGAAGAGGCUUCUCAUAGCUUCCGUCAUCUUUGCCGAGGUUGUUUUCAUGGCCACUCUCUAUACUCUCGACAUACAUUUUGCCCAUACUUACGAACUUCGAGCAACUAUUAUUGGCAGCAUUUGUGUGGUGGGUGGCAUCCUGAUGUAUGCUUCUCCUUUGGCAGUCAUGAAAACAGUAAUUGCCACAAAGAGUGUGGAAUACAUGCCAUUGUUUCUUUCCGUAUGUACAUUUGCCAAUGCUCUUUGCUGGGCAGCUUUCGCCCUCCUCAGAAUUGAUCUGUUUAUACUGAUCACUAAUGGAGUGGGAGUACUUCUUGGGCUGGCCCAAUUAAUUUUGUACGGAAUCUACUGUAAUAAUUCCAAUAAGAGUCAACGCCCCGAACAGCCCACUUUCGCCGUCAACUCUCUCCACGUCUCCCAAUUCGACCUCUCCUCCACCACCCUCACCUCCAAACUCAACAUAUCCGUCUCCGCCCCAAACCCCAACGAAAAGCUCCAUAUUUCCGGCGACAUCCCCGUCGGAACCGGAUCUUUUUCGGCGUUCGAACACGGCACCAAAAACACCACAACUCUGAAAACAACAAUCUCCGCCUCAAAGCAAACUCUCGCCGUCAAAAGCCACGACCUCCAACGUUGA